UAAACGUCCAUGCAUUAACUCUUUUCAAAACCAAAACCAUUCACCUAUCCUUUUAUCUCUUCUUCACCAUUUUCCUAUUGAUCUCAAAUACAAUGAUCAAUCUGUUUUAACCCCCGACAAAACUUGAGUCCUACAGAAUCAUGUGGAUGCUAUUACAGUUUCCUUGAUCAUUGAAUAUUUAAUGAUAUAACAAAACUCUCAUGUAAACUUCAAAUCUCCUGUUCUCUUGAUUUCUUGAUUUCCAAUGACUCAAUCCAUGGUCACGCUAUUAUUCGUGUUCUUCCAGUUUUUGAGCGUCUCUGUUAGAUCUCAGAGCACAUCAAUGGAGACAACAACAGAGUUCGUUUUCCCAGGUUUUAAGGAUUACCAAUCGGAGAUUCAAACAGAAGGAGCUGCAACCAUAGAACCCAAUGGAAUAUUGAGACUCACUGAUCAAAAGUUAAACGUCACGGGAACAGCCUUCUACAACAAACCAGUAAGGUUGCUUGACCAUAAAAAUCUCACUACCAAAGCCGUUCGUUCUUUCAGCACUUCUUUCGUCUUCUCCAUAAUCCAUUCCAGCCCGAGCAACGGAGGUUACGGCUUCACCUUCACACUUUCUCCUACCCCCCACCGUCUAGGCGCGGAAUCCGAAAAAUACUUCGGACUUUUCAACCGAACGAAUGACGGGGAUCCAAACGAUCAUGUCUUCGCCGUUGAAUUCGACACUUUACAAGGAUUCCAUGACGGUGUUUAUAAUUCGGGCAAUCACAUCGGUCUGGAUUUUAAUAGUGUCCGCUCGGAUUUCCAAGAAUCGGUUGUGUAUUACAACUUUGAUGACCAAAAAGAGGGUUUCCAACUUGGGAGCGGUGAGCCUAUCCGAGCCAUUCUAGAUUACGAUGGUCCCACUCAAAUGAUGAAUUUGACCGUUUUCCCGGCAAUGUUGACGCCAAGAAAGCCAUUGAUCUCACAACAUAUUCCAAAACUGUCAGAGAUUGUGCAAGAAGAAAUGUACAUUGGAUUCACCGCAGCCACUGGGCGAAAUAUUUUUAGUGCUCACUACGUGAUGGGAUGGACCUUUUCCAGCAGAGGAGACCGUCAAGCUGCAGCCCCGCUCGCACUCUCGGAUCUUCCUCUUCCACAGCUCAAGGAAGGCUCUCUAGAUAAUCAAGCCUCGACCAGAAAUAUUCUCAUAGCUGCGGGUUUGAUAGUAAGUAUACUCAUGGUCUUGGGGUUUUUAGCGUUUUUCAUAAAAAAGAGGAAAACAUCAAAUACAAGAAAGAAGCUCCAGGUUCUUAUUCCUCUGAAACAUUAUCAUUACAAUGAAGUGAAGAGGUAUACAGACUCAUUUGCAUGCGUAGUUGGGAGAGGAGGAUUUGGAACUGUAUACAAAGGAAACCUUCCUGAUGGUCGUAAGAUCGCGGUGAAGGUUUUAAAGGACUCCAAGAGCAAUGGUGAAGAUUUCAUCAAUGAAGUUGCCAGUAUGAGCCAAACAUCUCAUGUUAACAUUGUUUCUUUGGUUGGAUUCUGCUAUGAAGGAUCCAAAAGAAUUAUUGUUUAUGAAUUUCUAGAGAAUGGGUCUUUGGAUCAAUUUAUCUCAAUGAACGCUGCAUCCACUGCUGAAUGGAGAAUAAGGCUUUACGAGAUUGCACUAGGAGUUGCUCGUGGUCUAGAGUACUUGCACUAUGGCUGCAAAACAAGGAUUGUGCAUUUCGACAUUAAACCUCAGAACGUGUUGUUGGAUUGCAAUCUUUGCCCAAAAGUUUCUGACUUUGGCCUUGCUAAGCUAUGUGAGAAGAAAGAGAGCAUCAUGUCACUACUGGAUACAAGAGGGACAAUAGGGUACAUUGCACCAGAGAUGUUCUCCCGAGCUUAUGGAAGUGUGUCUCACAAGUCUGAUGUAUAUAGCUAUGGAAUGUUAGUUCUUGGAAUGAUCGGUGCAACAAAUAAAGAUAGAGUCGAAAAGGAUGCUUCUAAUGCAAGCUCGAUUUACUUUCCAGACUGGAUUUAUAAAGAUCUUGAGAAUGGAAAGCAAUGUAAGCUUCUUGGGGAUGAAGUAACCAAUGAAGAAGAAGAAAUAACAAAGAAGAUGAUCUUGAUAGCUCUGUGGUGUAUUCAGCCGUCUCCAUCAAAUCGACCAUCGAUGAACAGAGUUGUGGAGAUGAUGGAAGGAACCUUGGAUGCUCUUGAAGUCCCUCCUAAACCUGUUUUGCAUUUUCCGGCAGAACCUCUUCAAGAUUCGUCUACGCUUUCCGAGGAAAUAACGGUGUACACAGAAGUAUGAUAAAUAAGAUAAACGUCGUUGGAACCUAUCAGUGCAGAGAUUAAAGCAACAAUAUAUUUAUUUAUGAAUUUUCGUAUACUGUCUACAUUCCAUAUUAACUAGGGUGUAUUUAUGUUAAUACAGUUUUACAAACUGUUCGAGGAGUUACACCCAACAUGAUAUCAAGAUUUAAGUUUCAUCUAGAAAUAACCUGUUUUGUAAAUGCUAUGGUCAGUUGUACCACCAAACUACAUAAGCAUGCAACUUAAAUUAUAUUUU